UAGCAAGGCAAAAAGCUACCACCAUCCGGUAAAAUAGGAAAACCCACUAUACGGGUGCUCAGAGCGUAAGCAAGAAUUAAGAGAGCUGAGUGAAACAUGAGCUCAAGAUAAUUGUAUAUAUUUGAAAUAAACAGUUCUACUUUGACUUGUAACCAAACCAGUUGUGUCUGCCCUUUUACUCUUCAUUAAAGAAGCCUACUCAACCGAACAAGCCCAGAAGGAUAAUUUAGUGGUUAUAACAGUGGCGACGAGUGUGAAAUUUUUGCUACCUUUCCCGUUUUUUGCGUCCGCCGGUGUUUUUUCUUGCACUUUUGGCGUGAUUUUACGGAGUAAGUUGGUUUCAUAAAAGUGCAGAGUUAUAUACAAAUUAACUGCUUUUUGAAGUGUAACGCGUGCAUAUGUAAUUAUCGUCUAAAGUGAGGCGGCAUUUUGUCGUUUUAGCGUGGCGUUAUCAAAUCGCUUUUGUUGAUGAAGUGCUAAACGAUUUUAUUUUAAAAGAGUUUUUUUUAGAUUCGUAGAACAAAAGAAUCAGAGAACUUUUGUUGUUCUCCUUUUUUUGAUUUAGAAUUUCUUUUCUUCCAUUUUUUUAUUCUAAUUCCAUUUUCUUUUCAUCCACAAAGAUAAUAAACGACGAAACGACGUAUACCGAACGAGCACCAAUUUACAUCGGAGUCGACUGUGGUAAUCGGAGGCGUUUAUAACCAAUAUCGUCUUGUCGUUUGGUAACGCAGUGAAAGCGGUAUAAACGUUUUGCGGUGCAGGAGGUGAACACGGCCGUAAAGUGCAUAAUCGUCUAUCAACAUCGAGGUGCAUCGUGCGAGUCAGUGCAUUGACCUUUUUGAUUGUGACGACAUUGACGGCGAACUGGUGCAGUAUUUUGCAGUGAUUGAAUAUCGCCGUUAUAUUUACGUUGCCGUUGGAUUUCCUGGUGCUGCUGUUGUUGCUGGUGCCUGCUCUGCUAAUUGCAUUUUAUUGCUUGUGUGUUUGGAAGCUGUGCUGUUGGAUUUUGCUGCUGUUGUUGUUGUUGCUGAGCGGUGGCCGUCGUAUUUUGGCCGCUUUUAAGACCUUUUCGUGGUGAGUUUUUGAUUGCUCACGGUCUCAGCAGUUUGAAAUAAACAGGAUGUCUCUGACAACGACCACCGAACCUUACAUGCCGGGAACGAUCCCUUUCUCCCAAUAUUUAGAACAAUUGGAAUUUCUAUUUGAACACAAUAAUUAUACUGCAGAUAAAUAUAAAAUUUCCUUUCUUGCCGUAUGCGGCGUAGAGGUUUAUAGUCAGAUCAAGCUUCUUUUUCCGGGUCAGAACGUCAAGGACCUCACUUAUAAACAAAUAACUGACGAACUUAAAAAGAGAUAUGACAAAAAAGACUCUGACGUCAUACAUACAUACAAAUUCUGGACUCGUAGACAAGGCCAGUACGAGAAAUCUGAAGAUUUCGUACUUGCUGUGAAGCAAUUGGCUGAACUGUGCAAUUUUGGGAACUUCAAAGAAAGAGCAAUUCGGGAUGCAUUAGUCAUAAGGACUUACGAUCGGAGCUUGCAAAAAAAAUUAUUUGAUGAGGAUGAUUUAACGGCUUCCAAAGCCGAGAGGUUAAUUGUAAACCAGGAACUGUCAUCCGAUCGGACCCGUUUUGUAAAUCGCGACGACGAAAGUAGAGUUAGCGUGGUUGCCAGAUUAGGUAGAAGAGAAGAACGUGGCCCUCAUAAACAAUUCUACCGGAGCAGGAGUAGGAGUUUUGACCGAAACCGAAAUCAAUCAUUUUAUUCAGGCAGAGGCGAAGGUAGAGGAAACGGAAGCAGUAAUAGGGACAGAGUUUUUACGUGCUCCUUUUGUCACAAGACUGGACAUACCAAGAAAUUUUGUUUUAGAUUAAAGAGAAAAAGUCCAAAUAAAUCUAGACACACUGUAAAAUUUAUUGAUUCUCCCAGACCUUUGCCUACUAGUUCUUCGGGACUUUUUAAGCGUUUAAAAGACGAGAUCAAUAAUUCGGAUACCGAUGAGGAGGCCAUACCUUGCAUGAUGAUAUCGGCAAAAACCAAAAUGAAUGAGCCUUGUUAUGUUGAAGCAGUGGUUGAACGAAGAAGGGUCACAAUGGAGAUUGACUGUGGAUCAGCCGAGAGCGUAAUAUCAGAGUCACUAUUUCUAAGGAAUUUUAAGAAUUGCCGAAUUGAGAACAGUAACAAAAAACUCUAUGUAAUCGAUGGUAAUAGACUGAACAUUUUGGGUAAGGUGAAAGUAUCGGUGCAGCUGAAUGGAAUCGUAGGCGAAAUGUAUUUGAUUGUGCUGCAAGGGACUAAAGAAUUCGUACCACUCAUGGGUCGUAGCUGGCUGGAUCUCUUUUACAUGGGAUGGAGGAACACCUUCUCUGGUUUGACAAAACCCUGUCAACGGAUCAAUUCUAUGGCGAUGGAAACAGUACGGGAGGAAGCGAUUGUUGAUAUUAAAUAUCUCGCUGGGCGGUCGAAUAAUUUCGGCACACAAACGUCAGCUUAAAAUCCCUGGGAACUCUCGCCAAAGAUCAUCAAAGCGUUUUGUUUUUAUUGGAGAGAAUCCAGGUCCUUCAGCACAGCAAAUUACUACUACCAGCGGCAAUAGCAAUGGCAGUAACAUCACCGAUGGCCCUAGUUGUGGCAACAAAAGAAAAAGGGAAGAGGAGGAUGGUUCCGAUUCGGAUUCGGACUUUUAUGGUUUCCCGGCCGACUCCUUUUUGUACGAUAGGGAACAGGUUCCUUCAAUGGACUUUUCUCCUGAUAAUGUACAGUCGGAACGAAUCGAGAGUAAGAGGAGUACGAAAGAGCAUACACUUAAUGGCAACCAUGAGCCCGUUUCGGAAAGGAACAUUCGAACCAUACCAGAUACAGUUGUGCAUAGAAAUAGUAGAAGAAAUUUGAAGAAGCGGAGAAAACCCUAUCUGUAUUAUUAGUUUGUGUUAUUCCUUUGAAUUAUCGAAUUUAAAGUUAUUAUUGGAUAAUAUUUCGAAUUUGCAAGCAUGUAAACUAGUUUACUAUCUGAAAUAUCAGCUCUGAUUUUAUUGUAAUUUUAAUUAUAUAGUUUGAUUUAUUUUUAUAUAAUAUUCAAGUAUUAUCUCAAGGGGAAAAGUACUGUGGUAGCAAGGCGAAAAGCUACCACCAUCCGGUAAAAUAGGAAAACCCACUAUACGGGUGCUCAGAGCGUAAGCAAGAAUUAAGAGAGCUGAGUGAAACAUGAGCUCAAGAUAAUUGUAUAUAUUUGAAAUAAACAGUUCUACUUUGACUUGUAACCAAA